CUUUCUAAAAGUUUUGCCGUCCGAAGAACAUGUUAUCAAACUAACAGAUUACCACCCGUACCACACGUAUUUCGACGAACGAAUGCGAUGUUCAAAGGGAGUACAAAUAACUGGUACAGUCGUAAAAGCUAUUAUUACCGAAAUAAUAGUAAAUUUUCGUCGCCGGUUAAUCGUACCAAAGUUUUUGGUAAAGGAAAUAACUUUGCGAGUAACGAACAUAAAAAUGACGGUAACGUCGAAACCGAACCGAACGACGACAAUAAUGUUCCGUUAGAAAAAGAUCAAAUCGUUCCGAAAAGAGCUUUGGAAUUUGUAUUAAACGACGUUUUGAUUUAUGAGGAAUCGAAAGAAUCCAACACGCCAGAUCCUUCGAAAGAACCAUUUAGUGAUACCGAUAAAAAUGUCGGCGGAAUCGACGAAGAAACCGCCUCGGAUGAUUUCGGAGUUGUAGACUUGGAUCUAUCUGAAGACAAACCGGAGGAAUUGCUGAAGCGAUUAACCGAGGACUCGAACGAAUCCACGAUGUACAAAACAGAAGAAGAAAAUUCCAAAUCUCGCAAACGAAAAUGCGGUUCUAGUGGAAGAUCGUCGUCGGAUACUGGGAUAUCGAAGAGGAGCCGUUACGAUGACGAUAAUAACGAAAAAGACACGAUUAAAGAUUUGAAUCACCGAUUUUAUCCCAGUUUACCAAAAAAUUAUACAAUCCCGAAGUUGGAGAAGGCGAAACGGGUUUUUUCAAAAGCGGAUUCGCCGUGCUACAAACCGAUACAAUCUUUUGCUAAAGAUAACGUCGCGAAGGCGAACAAAAUCGAAAUACCGAAAUUUGAUGGGGAGGAAAACGUGGAUAAGGCGAAAAAAAGUCGCAUAAAACAAAAGGAAACCAAAAAGAUAAAAUCUUCGGAAUCGCAAAAGAAGAAAAAUUGCAAAAACGAAAAUUCCAAAACGCGUAAACACGACAAAGAACCUAAUAAAAAUGUUUGUAAGAAAAAGAAGGAUUCCGUUGAAAAUGGGAAAGAAAAAAAUGAGAAAUCGCGCGAAAAUUGUCCGAAGAAAAACAAUAAAAAAACCGCGAUUAAAAAACACGAAAAUAAUAAAAAAUGUACCGAUAAAGACGAUAAUAAUCGAAAAAAUUCAAAAAUUGACCGAUACAAACCAAAAUUGAUGAGAUUAUUCAAUUCCGGAGACGUUUCUCAAGAUACCCAGAAAAAAAUCGGAAAAAAAUCGAUAAAUACUAGCGAAGAAAAUGACGGGCAAAUAAUUCCACCCGAACCGAUCGAAAAUGAAAAAUUCGAAAACGUAAGCAAGAAAUUGGAGGAAUUGUUCGGUACGUCGAGCGAUAAAACCGGAGAAAUCUCGAUGAUAAUCGAUAAAAAACAAAAGAAACUCAAAAAUAUCGAAAACCCCCCGAAACGAAGUGUGGAUUUGGAAAUAAGACAACCCGUGGAAAAGGAAAUCGAAGAAUGUUUGUCCCGUUGCGAGCAGUUGAUAAUUCGACCGCUCGAUUUUCAACAACUCGAACCUACCGCUACAAAUAUCGAUUAUUGCGAACCGGCUACGACGGCAUCGAUUAAACUCGAAGCGUCGACUAAAAUUUCGAAUGCGCAAAUCAUCGAUUUGACGAUCGACGAUUGCCGAGACGUCGAUCAAAACGAAAAUUGCGUAGGUCGAAUUGGUGACGACGCGCUACCAAAUUCGCAAUCGAGUGAUCGUAAUCGUGUUGUAAUAAUUGAUGAAUCGGAACCUACCCCGUCGCCCACUAAUUACAAUCAAUAUUUAACGAAUACGUUUUUAACUUUGGACGGAAACGGAUUUCAAUUGUUAUCGAAUCGAUGCUUAUCGAGUUCGUCGAAAUCGAAUGACGCAAUCGAUAAUCGAACUUUAUCGAAUGAUGAAACGGCGUUAUCCGAAUCGAAUGGGGGCCACGAUAAUCGAUUUUUAUCGGAAUCGUCGCGGUCGAGAGGGAAACUCGAUGAUCGAUUUUUAUCGAAUGGAGCUCAAUCGAGUUCGGUGGUAGCAUCGUCAUCGAGAGGCGUUAAAUAUGUCCGCGGUAAAGUAACGUCUUCGACAAACAGCUCCCGACAUAAAUCAUUUAACCAAACAUCAAUAGAACCGUCUCCGAUUGGUGUCGGAAGCAGUACCGUUGGACCGAUGUUACCGCCAUGGAAUGGUGUCCAAUUAGUGUCGUCGCCUUCGAAAGGGGCCGCUCAAAAUAAGUCUGCCCCAAUGAUUUCGCCAAUUUUAAAUGGUGGUUGUUUGAACCAAUCAUCGGUACCACCGACGAGACGUUUCCCUUGCAAGAAAUCGGGCGCCGAUACUUUGGUUCCGGACGAGGUUCGAUUGCCCUUUGGGGAAUCCCUGUAUGUUAAUGACACGCAAUAUUCGUCGUUUACGGGGGAUUUGCGUACGGUUGAUGUAACUAAUCGUCGACUUGUGGGGGUAGCGCCCAUGGAUAGUGCCAGAUCGGAUUCGACGGGAUCACUUGACGAAGGAAAUGAUAGAACGGCAUCAAAUACACUCGAACGCCCUCGACAUCCCAACGCGACCAUAAAUCAGAUUUCAUCGAAUAGAAGGGUGUCUCAACCUCGACCUCUGUCUAUUAUCACCCUUGAAGAUUGGCAGGAACACAUCGGGCAUUACAUUCGGUUUAUAGAGCAAUCGAUGCACUACGACAACCAAUAUUUAACUUGGUUAAAAUCGAAAAACUUCCCGUCCGACAUCUACACCAAAGAAUUCAAAAUGGUGGCAAAAAUUCAAGAAUUUCGUUUUUCUAAUUACGCCAAAAAUUUGAUGGUCAAACUCCAUUUUUCGAAUAUCAACAGCCACUUGACUGUCGUUCAUGUAGACGAAAUUUACAAUUUUUUACUCCGACAAGGUUUAAGGAUAUCCAUAGUGCGGAUGUACACGUUGUUGUGGAAACUGAUGGGAUUCUAUCCGUCUUUCUAUAACAAUCACGUAGCGUUGAAAAAUUUGUACACAUUUGUGCAGAAAUGCAUCGAGGCCAUCGUCGCCAAAUCUGCACAAUGUCAAGAUUAUAAAAAAGAAGAGUUCACGUCUCAGCAAAGAUCAACGCUACGUGAACAAAUAAUCAUGUUCAAUUCACUAGUGUUGAAUUCUCAAAAAAUUGUCCAUUAUCGUAAAUUGAAUCGUUGUGCAGAUCGAAGAAAUCAGUUUCCGUAUCAACAACCGUCGCCUAGUCAAACCUCCAACAAGACUGAUUCGCCCUCUAAUGCCAAAACGUGCGAUACGAGGCGGCCGUCCUUGGUUGGCGAUUUUGAAGCGUCCGAAGAUGGUUCCAACAAGGUGGACGAUCAUCCUGGUCAAUCGAAGGUGACUUCCGUACCAAGUACAUCCAAGUAUUCUCGUCCGAGUUGCCAAACUGGCAACAGAAAUAGAAAAAAACCGACUGAUGCUUCUAUUUCUAAUGAAAUUGCUCAAAUUAGUGUCCCAGUCGACGACGUUAUUGAUUUGACGUGGUUGAAAAACGUGCUAUCCUCCGAGCUCGAGGAAGCGAUCGAUUUCAUGAUCAUCAAGAAGGAAGAGGUCGAAAUUCAAGAGGAUUCAGUGUUGGUAGACGACAAUCACUUUACCUCGCUUCAAAUUAAUAAAUUCGUCCUCAGCGGAAGAUAUUGUAUAUGCAAUAAACCGGCUAUUUUAAUAUGUAGUUGCCGUAUGGCUAUGUAUUGUAGCAAUAAUUGUCAAAUAAUACAUUGGCCGGAACAUAAGAAAAUGUGCGUAUAUAAAAAGGGUUAAAAAUAUUUUUUUUCACGUUAUUAUCGUAUUUGGGGGGAAAAUAGUGCAAAAAUAUUUGUUCCGAAAGUUUUAUUUGACUUAUCGGUGACCCCCCCAAAUUUUAUGUUUAAUUAGAAAAGUUAACCACCGAAAUUUAUUUUUUCAAUAGUCUAGUGAUUGUUUGAAAAUAUUUUUGAGUUUUCUACCCUUGAUUUGAUGUACUCAAAAUUGACUUUGAAGUUAGUGAGGGUGGUUUGGACUUAACCAAUAUAUAAAAAUGGGGGGUGGAAGUGGAUGCGAAGGUAAUUUAACGAUUACUUUCAGUGUAUAAAAGUUAUCCUGUGAUUUAGGUAUAAGGAAAUUUCCAUACCGAUUUUCAUCGAUUAAUGGAUAUUAGACCCUCGUAUUUAACAAAAAAAAAAUUAGUCGACGUUGCCGGACUGUGUGUAGUAACGUCAAUUACCGUAAAAUCCUCGAAAUAAUAUUUUUUUCUCGAUAAAAACAAAUUUUUACACGAUUUCGAUUGCCCUCGUAUAAUUUCGAUACUGAGGUUUCAGAUUUUGUUUUUACUCCAAAAGGCUUGGGUUUAGUACAAUAUUCAUGAUUCAGCCAUGAAUUAGAUUUAAUUUAAAAAAUGUGAUAGUUUGAAUGUUUUGUGUAUUAUUUUGUACUUGUUGAUAUGAAAAAGAAGUUAUUAAAAUUAUUUGU